AUGUUUUCCCAGCCCGUCAUUCAUCGUGAUUCACCUCUCGCCAUGCAGGGCGGCCCGGCUGAUCUGUCCGGCCCAGGUUUGAAUACCGCCGGCGCGGGGAAUAGUAACAACAGCAGCAACGGCGGCGGCCCGCCGGCCUCGGCGCGCUCGAGGCCUUGUGAUACUUGUCGUGUCCGCAAGACGCGGUGCGUCAAGGAGGAGGGUCAGUUCCGAUGUGUCCUGUGCACCUUUCACAACCAACCUUGUACCUUUCUGAGAGGCCCGACUCCUCGUCAGCGACGCCAGAAUCGGGAGCGUGAACGGGAAAGACAGGCCGCGUCUCGUGAUGGGACCGAGGAGUUGAAUGCUGGAGACGCGACAUCACCACCGCUGCAGAACAGCUUCAGCGGGCCGGGAAACUCAGGGGCCUCCCCUACCUCGAGCCGCCAGGGCGAUGCUGCUGCUUCUACCCCGGCGAGUGUAGAGAGCACAUCUGCCGCCCAGGGACCGCCUAUCACGGGACAGACGCAGCAAAUGGCACGCGUCGAGGAAGAAGCCCCUGAAGCUCCUCGUCCUCCCAUCCUCAGCAACACCCUUGGCCUGGACUUGAAGACUCACGCUGAAUACAUUGGACCUACCGACUAUCGCGACCCCGUCUUGCUCGACCUACAUCGCCCAAACCUCAUGAACCAGGAUCCUCCGCCUCUUCCGGCGUCGUCGUCGUUUGCCAGACGCCUCGACUACAAGACGAUAUUCCUUGUGCAUCCUGACGAAUCAGCCGCGUCUGAACAGACUCGGAUUGCCGACUUGGAUGCCAUCGAGGCUACUGUUCACCCUCUGGGCCGGACGCUGGUUGACCUCUACUUUCGUAUCGUCCAUCCCAGCUUUCCCAUCCUGCACAAGGAUGUCUUUAUCAGCAAGCAUCGACUAUCCCAUCGACACUUUGCGCCCUCUUUGCUGGCUGCCGUCUACCUCGUGGCUCUGGACUGGCAGCUAUAUGACAGCUCCCUUGCUGGCCGUGAGGUCGAGUCGAUCCCAGAUCCUGCGGCCCUUGAGCAGUUGGCCGAGCGCACCAUUGCUCAAGAUAUGCGCAGACCCAAGCUUAGUACGCUUGAAGCUGGACUCUUGCUGCUCCAACGCAACCGCCGGAUUGUCGAGUCCGGCUCUCACACCCACCCAAUGUCGAACCGCAUGUUUACGGCACAGCUAGUUGCCAUGGCACAGGAUCUAGGCAUCCAUAUCGACUGCAGUGCCUGGGCCAUUCCUGCGUGGGAGGUUGGGCUUAGACGGAGAUUGGCCUGGGCUCUGUACAUGCAGGACCGCUGGGGAGCGUGUAUUCAUGGACGGCCCUUUCUCAUCCAGGACAGUGACUGGGACGUUCGUCUCUGUACUGUAUCUGAUUACCCCGAGCUGGGCGCGAUAGACCCAGAGGCCAACCGGGACCAUACUUCGCCAAUUAUUGUUGGCUGGGACUUGUUUAUGCGUCAUAUCGAGCUGACGCAGAUCCUAAGCGAUGUGAUCCGGACAUUCUACAGCGCCGCGGCUACUCGCACGGGAGGGACCUUGGAUCAGAUGGGGGUUGUCGCCGCUGUUGAGCGGGCAAAACCUCUGGUCUUUCGUCUUCGUGAAUGGCACGCGAAUCUGCCUCAUCGGCUUCAACUUCAAAGCACAAAGCUUAGGGAGCUUUGUGCAAACGGUGCUCUUCACCUAGCGCAUGCUGCUGUGGAGAUUGCGUUACACCGGGCUCUUGUUCGGAUCAUGACUCCCGAUACACCUGGAUCGCUCUACGAAGUUUUGAGAUCGACUGCCCGGGCAAAGCUACAGUCGGCAAUUGAGUUACUUGGAUCUCUUCGUCCAGAGCACACGGCAGCAUUCUGGGGUAGCGCUGCGGCCUAUCAAGCAGCCGAGAUCGGAUCCAUGGCGGGACUUUUAUGGGCAACAGCAGACUCAUUCGAUGAGAUGGCUUGGUGCGCGGCCCGAGUUGAAGAAUUGAGAUGGGCUUUGAGAGUCCGCGGUGCCGCUGCCCCUUUUGCUCGAGAGGCGUUGCGGUUGCUGGAGCGUGAUAUCGGUGGCCUUGGCAUGGUCAAGGCCAAUCCAGAUGCCAUCCCUUGA